GACUGGUAAACCCCAUCGGGGAGAAUCCGGCUUCCUGGGUGUAGCUCCCCUUAGGUCAGGCUGACGUUAUUCUGUCUGGACUUGUUCUCUAUUUCUUCAGGAGCUGAACAGAAAGAAGACGGAGAGCAAAGACUGGGAGAAGCGGGUCCAGUGUGACAGUAAAACAUGAAUAACUUUGAAAUCAUUCGGAUGAUCGGGGAAGGAGCAUUUGGAAAGGCUUUUCUGGCUAAAGGAAAAAAUGACAACAUCCCAUGUGUAAUCAAAGAAGUGAAUCUCUCCAAGAUGGCCAGGAAGGAGAAAGAGGCUUCUCACAAGGAGGUUACCCUCCUGGCUAAGAUGAAUCACCCAAAUAUUGUCAAAUUUUUCGCAUCAGUAGAAGAGAAUAAUAAUCUGUACAUUGUGAUGGAGUACUGUGAUGGAGGAGACCUGAUGAAGAGGAUUGACCAGCAGAGGGGUGUUCUGUUUAAUGAAGACCAGAUCCUUAACUGGUUUGUGCAGAUUUCUCUGGGUCUGAAACACAUCCAUGACCGCAAAGUCCUCCAUCGUGACAUUAAAGCACAGAACAUCUUUCUGGCUAAUAAUGGAACAUUGCCCAAGCUGGGAGACUUUGGUAUAGCAAGGAUGAUGAACAACACAAUGGAGCUGGCACGGACAUGUGUAGGGACUCCAUACUAUCUCUCUCCAGAAAUCUGCGAAAACCGCCCCUAUAACAACAAAACGGAUAUCUGGUCUCUCGGAUGUGUGCUGUAUGAACUUUGUACCCUCAAACAUCCAUUUGAAGACAACAACCUAAGGCAACUGGUGUUGAGAAUCUGCCGGGGUCGUUAUGAGCCGCUCUCUCCAAAAUAUUCAUAUGAUCUGAGGGCAUUAAUCUCUCAACUCUUUAAAAUAUCUCCACGAGACAGGCCAUCUAUCACCUCCAUAUUGAAGAAGCCUUUUCUAGAAAGGCGCAUACCCCAUUUCUUGAGUCCAAAGUUGAUGGAAGAGGAGUUCAGCCAUACUGUGCUACACCGGAAGAAGCCUUCACCAACUAAACAUGUGCAGGGGCCAGUAGCACCUAAACAGCCACCAGCUGCAAGACCUGAAAAGAACAGAAUUCCGGAAUUUCAUCCUCCAAGAAAUAAAGUAGUGAAUCCACCGUGGCGUGCAGAAUAUCCUCGCAGAAAUGAAUGGAAGCCCCCUUCACAUCUUCAACACCAAAAUCAUGUGAAGAACUGGGAACACUGGGUGGAAGAGAAGCAAUCUCCUGGAAGGAUACAUGGACAUUAUGACCAUUAUCAUGCCAGACUUAACAACAUACAGCAAAGACCCUAUGAGUAUCAAGGCAACUAUGGACCACAUGGGAACCAAAGAGCUGAUUCCCCGCAACAGUGGAAUGACUAUCUACAGAGGAAACAGGAGGCAGAACGGAUUAAGAUAAAGGUUGAAAAACAAAUGGGGCUCCGUCCUUCCUCUGCCGAUCAUUAUGGUAAACAUAUUCCAGUUUCAAGAGUGGACGUGCGGGUUGACUAUCCAGUCAGACAUGCUAGAGACCAGGAGGAACAUCUGAGACAACUUGAAGUCAUCCGCCAGCAAUAUCACAAUGAAGUUAGAGAUAUAAAAAUAAAAGCCGGUGCACACCAGGAAUCUCCUAAAGUAACAGAUGGGACAUAUAUUGUAAAACCAGGAAACAAGGCAGGACAAUUUCCUGCAGACCGGCCAGAUGGCGAAAAGUCAACUGAGGAGAUCCAACUAAAUUUCAGUGAUAUCAUCAUGCAAAACCGGCAAGAGAGAAAAGCAUUGGAAGAAAAGUAUAAAGUAAAGGGUGGAAUAAGAUUUGAAAUUAAUGACAUCACUGAAGAGAUUCAGAUAGACGGUCCUGCCACAGACCACCAUAACAGACAAAAUGAAGAGGAAAAUGAUCCUCUCAAUGACACGUUAACCUUUGAUCAUGGAGAGGGCGCCAACUGGCACAAGAUUUAUCUGGAUCAAGAUCACAGAGAUCUAGACCAUAUGUCAGUGAAUUACCGGAAACACUGGAGCUCCAAAGAGCCUCACACACUUUUUGAGAAUCUAAGAGCUCUUGGCAGCACACCAGGGUAUAAUACCAUGGGUGACACAGUGUGGGAUGGGGAAGUCUGUCCCCCGGCCUUGGCAGAAGAUGAUGAUCCAUCAGGAAACAGGAGACUUUGGAGACAUGAGGCACCUCAAACCUUGAUGAGAGCUUUGGAAGGAGCAGAUAUGGAAGACUCCAUUGUGGCUAAAGACUUCCAAGGUGGAACGCUGAAUCAACGGCCUCCAGCCACUAAGGAAGACAUGGCAUCUGAUGAUUUGUAUGAAGACCGUUUUGAGCCACGAUCUGAUGAUGAAGACACCACCUUCGAGGAUUCUGAAGAUGAACUAGAAGUCAUAGAGAUGAUGGAAAAGGUUCUAACAGCCAGAGAUGAUAAAGAUGACGUUGGAGUGGAUGAAGUUAGAAAGGAGACCUGUAGCGACAAAACUUCUGUGGAAAGGACCAGUCAAAAUGUAUAAAGGCGAGAUAACAAAAAGACAGCCAUGGUGUCCAGUCAACAAUGGAAAAAGCAGAAGUUAAUGAGAAACCUCAGGACUCCUCUCUGACCAUGGAGAAUAAUCAGGGUCCAGUCAGGGACAGACUGAUGAGGUGAAAUCUGAACUCUACUCUCAUAAGAUUCCCGAGCCAUCAAAUCCUGUCUGUAAGGCCUCUUGCACACGAACGUUGUGCAUUGGGGACCGCAAUUUGCGGUCCCCAAUGCACGGGCAACGUCCGUGCGGUGGCCAGGAUGAAU